AUGCACCAGCGGAUCAUCAUCAGCCACGUCGCCCGCCUCCUCCACUUGCCCGUCGAGAGCGUGGACCUGGGGUCCAGCUUCGUCAGCCUGGGCGGUCAUUCUUUGCUCGCAUUGGGAUUGGCCUCUGCCUGCAGGCAAGAUGGCAUCGAACUGUCUAUGGAGUCGAUUCUUCUGAGCAACACCAUGGCAGACCUCAUCGCGUCUGGCGUUGUCAUGGGGCCCAUCAAUAUCAAGAAACAUCCUGUCCAGACCCUGAUGGGAUCGAAGCCCCAGAGCGAGAUGACACGUCAGACCACUGCUUUAUCCUCGUUGACCGAGAUGCAGCUUUCCUUCCUUCACAGCCACCAGGAAACCCCCGGAGCAAAUACGAUCAACUUCUACGAAACGUACCAGACGGCACACCUUCCGAUCGUCAAAGCAGCUUGGCAGACUGUCAUCCAGACGGAGCCAAUAUUCCGUAUCUCCUUUGACUCGGAUGACGUUUGUGAAGUCUCGUCCGGUCCCUUUCGUUGGAAUGAGAGUGUGAUGGACACCCAGGAAGCCUACGAAGCUGCCCUGGCUCAAGAUGUCUAUCCGGAUACUAUCCAAUGCAGCUUCGACGUGGUGACUCUGCCGGCAUCGGGCUUCAGCACCGUCAUCUGGCGGGUGCACCACGCGUUUAUCGACGGCAUGUCCGGCCAGCUGGUCUAUAGAAAGGUUCGGGAUCUGAUCAUGGGCCGGUCCAUCACCGCAGGCACGCCCUUCACGACCGUCGCGGAGCAUUUGCGUCUGCUUCAAGACGAACGUCGUCAAAUCCACCGACAGUUCUGGCGGAAGCAAAAAGAGGAUCAUCCCCAGCCAGCCGGUGAGCUGGUUUUCCCCCCCGUCCGAGAUAAGAUGCCUGCUGCUGGCAUUGACAGUCUCAGCUUUGCCAUCCCACUGGAGCAGAUCUCCACCCGUGCUCGUCAAGUCGGUGUGUCCCUGGCGGCCUGGUACCAUGCGGCGUGGGCGAUGGUGCUCUCGCUCUAUACCGACUGUGACUCGGUGGUCUGUGGCACCGUCCUGUCCGGUCGUAACCUGCCCAUUCCCGGGGUGGACGACACUAUUGGUCCCUUGAUCAACGUCCUGCCCUUCCACGUGCGCAUAGAUCAACGUCUGUCAAGUGCAAAAUUCCUGCGAGAAAUCUUCUUGCACUCCGUCCAGCUGGCCACCGUCCAGUGCUCCGUGCCCGACGAUGGCUACACACGGAACUUUACCUCGGCGCUGGCGAUGGAGUUCGAGAUAGAGGCCACCGACGACCACCCCGUGCGUCCCACCAGUCCGUCCUGGUUCCGCGUGGUGCCAGAUAUUCCUUUGUCUAUAUACACGACCUACUCGGGCACGCUACGUCUCUGCUAUCGUCCCCAGCAGUUUGAUCGUGAAGACAUUCGGAUGUUGGCCGCUCAUUUCCGCCGUGCGAUUCUGUUACUAUUGCCGGCGGACCAGACCAUGGAGGCGUGCAUGAAAGCUUUGCUCACCGACGAGUGCAAGAACACCCUCAUGAAAUUUGGUAAUUGCCAGACGGACUCGACCUCCCCAUUCUCCAUUCAGGAGGACCUCGUCACCCUCUUUGAACGCGCAGCCCGAGACACGCCGGACGGCAUCGCCGUGGAGAAAGCCAGCAGACAACUGACCUACGCCGAAUUGGAUCGACUGGCAGCCGUUCUUGCAUCUCGCUUGCAGCUCCAGCCAGGCGAGGUUGUCUGCGUCCUGGCGGACCGCUCCAUCAACUGGGUUGUUGCCAUCUACGGCAUCCUCAAGGCCGGUGGCGUCUAUUCCGCCCAGGAUCCAGGAUUGCCCGACCACAUUCGCAACUCCAACUUCCAGACGGCGGGAGGCAUCAUGUAUCUGACCCCUGCGACUUUCCAGAAGCACCUCAAGCCGGACACCUGCCAGCGGUGCCUCUCUGUUGAGGAACUGAUCAGCGAGAUCCCAAAGGACUUUGUCUUCCACCACCGCGACACUCCUCGCCCGCAAGACAACGCCUAUCUGUGCUUCACCUCCGGGUCGACGGGCAAGCCCAAAGGAGUGAUGUGUCACCAUGCUGGUCUCGUCGCCUUUCAAAAGGACCCGGAAGUGAGACUCUUUGCGGCACCAGGACAACGCAUCUCACAGCUCAUGUCUCCUGCUUUCGACGGCAGUAUCCACGAGAUCUUCUCUGCUCUUUGCUAUGGAGCCACGCUCAUUCUCGCUGAUGGUGUCGACACUUUUGCCCAUCUGAAGAAGUCUAAUGCCGCCAUUCUCACGCCCUCAGUCGCUAAGAUCCUUUCCCCGGAGCAGUUCCCGGAGCUGAGGACCGUCUAUCUUGUGGGUGAGCCCGUGCCGCAGUAUGUCAACGACGUCUGGUCAAAUGCCACGACGCUGUACAACAUGUAUGGGCCGACGGAGGCCACCUGCGGUGCCACCAUUCAGCGUCUGCGGCCCGGCCAGUCGGUCACCAUCGGGGGCCCCAAUCCCACCACCCGCAUCUACAUCCUGGGGCAGAACCAGCAGCUCCUGCCCCCAGGGGUCAUUGGAGAGAUCUACUGUGCCGGCGUGCAGGUUGCCAAUGGAUACAUUGGGCGGCCGCAGUUGACCGCAGAACGCUUCCUGCCCGACACCAUCACCAACCGUCCCGGGGAGAAGAUGUAUCGGACGGGCGAUCGUGGAUACUUCAAUCGAGAUGGACAGGUGGAAUGCCUGGGCCGAAACGACCGCCAGAUCAAGCUGCGCGGUUACCGAACCGACCUAAAUGACCUGGAAAUUCGCGUUGCCCAGGCAAUCCCUGAGUGCACCGCCGUGGCCAUCUGCCCCAAGGACGACUAUCUAGUCGCCAUCAUCCAGCCGGAGACCCUGGAUGUGGCAGAGGUCCGUCAACGCAUGGCACAGGUUCUGCCUGUCCAUGCCAUGCCGCGACGCAUCGUGGCCGUCGAGCAGUUUCCCAUGACGUCCGCCAGCAAGCUGGACUACAAGGAGAUUGCGAACCGAUGCAGUACGGAUUCUGCUUCGCCUGCCACUCGGAAGAAGUUGCUAUCGAGUGAGACGGAAAAGGCAUUGGCCGAUCUGUGGAAAGACCUUCUCUCCCUCAGCUCGGAUGCUGACAACGUUCUCACGCCCGAGUCCAACUUUGUCGCGCUGGGUGGCCACUCGGUGAUGCAGCUGCGACUGGCAAGCAAGAUCUCUCGCACCUUUGGCGUUAAGGUGCCCAUCACCCGAAUCAUCCAGGCCGACAACCUGUCGGACCUGGCUCGCAUGGUGGACAGUCUCGUGGCGGCUCAGAUGCCCACCGCGCCGGGCAAGUCCAUGAUUAAACCCCUGGGCCGGAACAAGGUCUCCCCCAUCGAACACGAAUGGCUCGAGAAGUACCGGCUGCAACUGGGCACGUCUGCCUUCAACGUCACUUUCGCCUGCAAGAUCGAUGCGGCCAAGGUUGACAGCAACCAUCUGAUCGCCUCUUGGAAUGCCGUGCUAGCCCGCCACGACAUCUUCCGCAGUCGCUCGCAUGUCGACCAUCGCGGCCAUGGGCCUCGUCGCACGUAUGCCCGCUAUUGCCCGCAGGUUCUGCGCGUCCAAGGCUUCAACCUGUGGCGCGAGGCGAACCGGCCCUUCCACCCCAACCGCCAGCACCCGAUCCGCGUGAUCGUGUCCAAGAGCAUGAUGCUGGUGUCAAUGAGCCAUUUGAUCGCCGACCUUACGUCCCUGCAGGUGAUUCUGGCCGAGGUGGCCCGGCUAUAUCGCGGCGAUGGUCUCGGACCGGUCAAGCGCAGCUACCACGAGACAACACAAUGGAGCGUAUCCGCAACCACUACUGAGAAGGACUGGUGGGUGCACUACCUCGGGGGUACCGUCAUCCAUCGUGACUACAGUAUCCCGAAGCUUACCCAUCGGUCGACAUACGCGGGCCAGACUCACAUUGUCCGGAUGACGCCGACCCUGGCCACUCGUGCUAUCCAGUUCACCGAGACGAACCGGGUGACCCUGCAUCAGUUGGCGUUGGGCUCGGUAGCCAUGGCACUGCAGGUCAACAGGGAUGACAGCGACAUCGUUCUCGGGGGGCCGUAUUUCAACCGCGGACAGGAUGACCUAGAAACCGUCGGGCUAUUCCUGGAGCCCAUCCCCAUCCGCAUCCAGUACCCAUCUCCUCGGGACCAGACGGCCGCCUCGACUCAGGCAUUUGUGCGCGCCGUGCAGCGAUCCAGCCAGUCGGCCAUCGCCCAUGCCAUUCCCUGGAACCAGGUGCUGCAGGCAGUCGGCGCCUCUCGACCCGAUUUCCCAAACCAUCUCUUGCUCGAUGUGAUGGUCACUUUCCACGACGACCGCACUGCCCCCCGGUUGCCUGUAGACGGCCUUGAUCCGUUGGUGACGUACACUAAAGGGUCCAAGUUUGCCCUGCUUGUGGAGUUCUGCGCCAUUUCCGACCGCACCAUCCUGAUGCGCCUGGAGCACGACACCGAGUGUCUUCCGACGGAGAAGGUGCCGGCAGUGGAGAAACUGAUCCUGGAGGCGCUGCGGCUGAUCGUGGAGGGGGUGGCAUAUCCUGCGAUCAAAGCACAGUUGAGGGCGAUAGCAGCAACACCCGAGUCAAACGACCGGGCAGAACGUGCUGCCGAUAAGGAUGAGGUAGCCGAUGGUGGAAAGCGAGGGUCUCGGGGUCGUCGACAAGACGUGUUAGGAUCAAAGCCAUCCCCGGCGUCAUCAUCAUCACUAGACGACCUCGGGUUUUGCGAAGAAUUACCGGCCGCAACGAUGGCAGACUUUGACCUGGUCUUCACUUGGGAUGCACGGUAG